UAACUUAUAAGCUGUAACAUGAAACAGCUAUUACAAGUUCACUGCUAAAACCAAACACACCUCCCAAACCCCAACACAAUGUGCUGCUCUUCCGGGUCACUCUUUCUUCCACUGCUUCUACUAGUCGUCUCAAUUCCUUGUUUUCCACCUUGUGUCUCCAGUAGCAUUGGUAGUUACCAUGUAAACAAGAACAAGAACAACCAAGCACCACCCAACAACAUGGAUCCAUCUGAGGCUGAAACUCUCUUCAACAUCAUGGAUUCCAUGUCCUCUGACCAUACCUGGAGAAUCUCCUUUCCCAAUCCUUGUAAUUCUGCUUCAUCUUGGCCAGGGAUUGAGUGCAAACCAGGUCAAAAUGACAAGCUACUCCAUGUCUCUAGGCUUGAUUUUGGGUCACCUCCAAACCCAUCCUGCAAGACCACUGCCACAUUCCCAUCACAAGUCUUUACCCUCCCUUAUCUUCAGUCUCUCUUCUUUUUUCAUUGCUUCACUCAAACCAAAACCAACAUUUCUCUCCCUCUCCUCUCCCACCCCUCCAAUGCCUCUUCACUGCAACAACUCAGUCUCAGAUCAAACCCUGCACUUUUUGGCCCAAUCCCAUCUCAGAUCUCCUCACUCCACUCCCUACAGAUACUCACCUUGUCUCAGAACCGCCUUGCUGGGAGAAUUCCAGUUCAAAUUUUCAGCUUGAACUCUUUGGUACACCUUGAUUUGAGCUAUAAUUUGCUUACCGGCCCAAUCCCACCCCAAUUGGGCAGUCUCAGAAAUCUUGUUGGCCUUGAUUUGAGCUAUAAUUCGCUCUCUGGAUCAAUCCCUGACACGAUUGGCCAGAUCGGCCUGCUUCAGAAGUUCGAUUUGAGCUCAAAUUUUCUUGUUGGAAACAUACCAGAUAGCAUUGAGAAGCUGAAUUCGUUGGUCUUCAUGGCUUUGAGCAGCAACAGGUUAGGUGGGAAGUUCCCUCAGGGAUUGGCAAAGUUACAAAGCUUGCAGUACUUCAUCAUGGAUGAUAAUCCCAUGUUCAUCCCACUGCCAGAAGAGUUUGGAAAGCUGAUGAAACUGCAAGAGCUCAGGGUUGCUAAUUCAGGGUAUUCAGGCACCAUACCAACAAGCUUUUCACAUCUCACAAAUUUAAGCACACUGUCUCUCCAAAACAACAGAUUGACAGGUGAAAUUCCAGAAGGUUUUGGUAGUCUUUCUCACAUAUAUCACUUGAAUCUCAGUAGAAACAUGCUGGCUGGUAUAGUUCCUUUCAACUCAAUCUUCUUGAAGAGGUUGGGAAGGAACUUGGACUUGAGUGCGAACCCGGGGCUGUGUCUGAGUCCAUCAGAAGCAUAUGGAGUGAAGAUUGGAGUGAGUGUAUGUGGAACCAACAGGACGGUCUCUACGAUUCAGCCAUUCAACAAAUCUGAAGCCCCAUCUGGGCUGUGCAAAUCAUUAUUUCUUCUCUGUUCCAUCUUGUGUACUAGUGUCUUGGCUCUGCAUCAUAUAUCGUUUUCAGCAUGAAUCUCAUCUUUCUUCUCUCUCAAUUUUUUCUGUUUUCAUCUUGUUCUCUCAAUGAUUUAUCCUUUUUCUUAUCUUUUUUACCUCUUUUGAUUAAAAAAUGCAUUAGUCUCUGCUAAUUUGUACCAGAGAAUUUAGGCUUCUAUUGUACUAGAAAGGGUUAAACGUUAGGAUAUUUAGUAGAAGUCUCUCUCUCUACAGAUAUAAAGCCCAUGUCAUUUGUAGCAUUGAGUAUAUGAAUUCGACUAUAUUCUGUUCCAAGUGAGUUAAUUAUGUGUU